AUGGGACAUGGAAGGCCAGCUAAACGCCGACGACUGACGCCUCCCGUCGACGAUGAUCGAACUUCCGAAACUAUACAGUCCAAAGAACUCUUCCAUAAAGCAGCUGAUUGGGACCUGGAGCAGGACUACGAAACACGAUCGAGGCGCAAGAAUACCAAAGAAAGCAACAAACUCCCCAUCAAAAAUAUACAUGGCAAUAUUGAGCAGGUCGAGCCAGAGUUGCAAGGUUCAGACGUCGAUUCGGACAGUUUUCUUGGAUCUGGCAGCGAGGAUCAGGAGGAUGUCGAAACACCCCCUACUGACCAAGGCGAACCAGUGCCUGCAGUUCCACUGAAGCAGCAACUUAUACAAGCUCAAGAGGACAUUGCAAGGUUGGCUGGUCUGAUAAAUGAAGAUCCAGAGGAGCACGCUGGCUCGUUCAAGAAGCUUGCCCAAGUCGCAGGAGAGAACGCACAUCCAAGCGUUCUUAAACUAGUCUUACUUUCGCAGUCAGUCGUCUACAAAGACGCUGCGCCAGGCUACCGCAUACGAGCCUACAAAGAUGAAGAUUUAGGAAGUAAAGUCUCAAAAGAUGUACGACGGACGAGACAGUAUGAACAGUCUCUCGUGAUGAACUACCAGAGUUAUGUUCGACGAUUGGUCGAGAUAUGUAGAGACAAAGAACAAGAGUCUCUGAAGGCUACUGCUCUGAGUUGCGUCUGCUCCUUACUGUUGGCCAUACCACAUUUUAACUUUAGGACCGAGCUGUUGAAUGUGCUUAUGCACGAGCUCUCUCGGAAACAAUCAUCAAUCUACUUUGUAAAGAGCAUAGAAACCCUCGAAAAGUUCUUUGAUGAGGACGAGGAUGGAGGUCCUUCUCUUGAAGCUGUAACCCUCUUGGCCAAGAUGAUGAAAGCAAAGGACUACGAUGUCCGAGGCGAAAUCCUGGACACUUUCUUUCACCUAAGGUUGCUGAAUGAAUUAUCUGUCAAAGGGUCAACCAACAGAACUGACAAGCCAGACGAUGUCUCGAAGCUGCAUGGCCGACGUAUUAAGAAGGAGAAGUGGGAACACAGAUCUAAGAAAGAGAAAAAGAUAGCACGUGAACGUAAGGCUGUCGAGAAGGACAUGAAAGAGGCAGACGCAGCUGUUGAUUUCGAGUCUCGAGAGAAGUUGCAAUCUGAAACGCUCAAGGUCGUAUUCGUGACAUAUUUCCGAAUACUGAAAGAGCGUAUACCACGCCUUAUGGGUUCUGUGUUGGAAGGAUUGGCCAAAUUCGCUCAUCUUAUCAAUCAAGACUUCUUCGGAGACAUUCUCGAGGCUCUCAAAGACAUCCUCAAGCAGGCAGAGGCAGUUGAGAGGGAUGACGACGGCCAGGACUCUGAGGGCCGUGACAGAAUGAGAGAGUCUUUGCUGGCCAUCCAAACAGCCUUUACGCUCUUAUCGCAGCAGGAUGCAGCAAAAUCGGCCUCGGCUCUACACCUGGAUUUAUCGUUCUUUACAUCACACGUGUACAGGUCAUUAUACGCUCUAUGUAUUGACCCUGACAUACAACUCGGGCCAAAAUCAAUGCAUCUUCCUGAUCCUGAUGCCGCAGAACCUAGCCGGAGAGACAACAAGGUGAAUGUUUCGACUCCAGUGUUACUAUUGACGCGUGCGUUGACCGCGAUCCUCCUGACACCAUCUUCGCCCCCGACCACUCAGGCAGUUGCUGCAUUCUAUAAAAGGUUAUUGACAGCGUCGCUACAACUGCCGGAGAAGUCGACUAAAGCUAUGUUCGCUCUACUGAAUGCGCUCUUGAGCAAGCACAGCCGCAGGUUGGAAGCGCUCUGGUACAAUGAUGAAAGAAAGGGCGACGGAGUGUUUAAAGGCGAGGCUGAGACAGUAGAAGGCACGAACGUGUUUGCUGUAGGUAGCGGUGUUUGGGAGGAAGAGCUCCUUCGACGUCAUUAUUGUCCCGAGAUCAGUGAGCAGGUAAGAGCCUUUGACAAGGUGAUUGCUGGUCUUGCUGGUAAGUAG